GAUGGGGCGCGCACGUCACGACACUCAAUCUCAGUGAGAUGUGGGGUAGCGGGACAGUCGCGCACUGUUAACUAUCAGAAACAGGGUUAAGUUCACCCUGGUCUACCACCAGGUGGGGAGGCCUUUAACCCUGUGAGGAGGCCUAUCUGGGUGGGUGGCAUGAUGAGUGGGAAGAAUCUGCUGCUCAAAGUAAUCCUGCUGGGAGAUGGUGGAGUGGGCAAGUCUUCCUUGAUGAACCGCUACGUCACAGACCGUUUCGACUCCCAGUCCUUCCACACCAUUGGUGUGGAGUUCCUUAACCGGGACUUGGAGGUGGAUGGACGCCUUGUCACUCUUCAAAUCUGGGACACAGCAGGUCAGGAGCGCUUCAAGUCACUACGCACACCCUUCUACCGGGGCGCCGACUGCUGCCUGCUCACAUUUGCUGUGAACGACCUGCAAAGCUUUCAGAACCUGGGCAGCUGGAAGAAGGAGUUCAUGUACUACUCUGAUGUCAAAGACCCCGAGCGCUUUCCUUUUGUUGUACUGGGCAACAAGAUAGACAUGGAGCAGAGGGAGGUUGGGGAAGAUGAAGCACGGGCCUGGUGUGAAGAGAACGGCUGCUGUCCUUACUUUGAGACCAGUGCUAAAGAUGACACUAAUGUCACUGCUGCGUUUGAGGCAGCUGUCAGGGAGGUUCUGGCUGCUGAGGACCAGAUUGACCACACACUCUUGAGUAGUACUAUUGAUCUACAUGGCAACCGCAAAACCUCAAGAGCGUCUUGCUGCUGAUUGCGUGGGUGUGAAUCCACCUUGUGUUAAUCCCUCUUGUUGAAACUUGCCUGUGGUAGUUGUAAGAGCCAGUCAUAUAUUGUUUAUGGUACAUGUACUGUAGGUACAAGGUACUGACUGCAGUAUCCCCUGAAGAUAAUAUGAACAUACACCUGCUCUGAGGAGGUGUGUGAAGAAUUCUGCUGGUUUCUCGAAUGUUACAUUACUGCUUCUACAAAGGUACAGGCACACCUACUAUCUGUGCUGCUAGUGGUAUGGCACAAAUAUUUAUUCCCAGCUUCAACUUUCCUUGUGCAGGGACUGUAGCAGCUAGUGCUUUUAAGGGAUUAACUUUAAUCAAAAUAAUAUAAUUUUACAUUAAUUCAGUGGAAGAAAGAAUAUACCGGUUCCCUUUUGAAGAGAAUGCGCUCCCUUUUGCUCAGUAAAGCUGUGUUUCCACCGUAGGAACUUUUACAAGGGACUCGGAGCCUUUGAAAGGAGUCUUGUGUGUUUCCACCAAAGGGACAAAGGUCUAGAUUAAAUUCUCUGUGACAUAUUUUACCUCCAAAAAGCCCCUGUUUGAGCACUAGUGCUUUCUCAAAGUUUAGAAACUGUGUUAAUAAUGUUAGCAGCACUAAAUAUUUUUGGCUGAUAGCCUACUUGCCAACUUAAUUUAGCUUACUUUAAGGCUUACCUCAGAGAUUACUGUUGUUAAGCACAUCUCUCAAAGUUGGUUCCUCAUGCCUGGUUUAUCCAAAAAAAAAAAAAAAUUAUGGAGAGAGCAGCUGUGGUCGAGUAAGCUAGAGUGCAGCAUUUCCCCCACAUUUAGACUCUAAAUGUGAUGGUACCAGGGGUGCAUUUGUACAUGUGCCCAGAAAUAAUGCACACCCACAUUUUCUUAAAUGACAUUAAACAGAAUCAUAUAUAAUGUGCUCCUCUAACUCUUAAUUGCCAAGUACACUCAACCAAAAUAUAAAAAUACGGAACGGUCUCUAUUUCAUCUCGAAAAUAAUCAACAAUGUAUAAGCACAACAAUUUGUGUAUACACUCAGUAUCAUUUCAGGCUUCAAUAGAAAACUGUUUCAGAUCUUUAUUCAACAGUCAGUGUGUUAUCACAGAGUGAACACAGCGUGGUCAGCGAUCAGAGUUCACAGCACUCAGUAUCGAGUGUGUCCACCGUUCACGCAUCUGUGGUGCAUAGUAAUCACCAGAUUGUCAAUAGUGGCCAGUGGGAGUUUGUCCUAUUCCUCCUGGAGUGCGUGGGCAUGUUAAGGGAUAGGUCAUUUUAACUUAACCUUUUGGGUUUGUGCAUUUAUAUUUUUGUUGAGUGUACUUUGUGAGAAAUAAAUAACGCAUCAAUUCAGCUGUCUGUCCACUGAGUCUCUCGUGCUGCAGAUGUUCACCUCCCUGGAACUGCAUCUGGGGACGGUUGUCUGUGUUCUCUCCACCUUUGGUGAGCUGAGCAUAGUGACAUGUGAAACUGUUCUCCACCUGCUGCAGCUUCUUGUUAGUGGUCUUGUGGCUUACUGCACAUCUACAGAGCAGAACAGAAAAAGUCAGAUGCAGCCCAAGACUGGAGUCAGUCCACCAGAUGAGAAAUUAUCGUGACCUUUCAGCCUGCUGAUGGGGAGAACACAGGAUUGGAGGGGCUGGGGCUAGCUGAUUAGCAGCAGCUAAAAUUUAAAUAAAAGAGCGAGGCCACUGUCAGCUAGUAAAUUGAUCAAAUAUGGCAUAAUUCUCAGAAAGAUGAGAAAAAAAAAAGCUAAAUGUAACUUGGCAACUGUCUAAUUAAAUUCUGUGUGGGAAACACUGGAGUGAAUAAGUAGAAGAAACGUUGCCGGUGAAUUUGUACGAUUAGAAACGCUCUCACCCCUAAACCACCCUGUGGGAAGUGGCCUAUACCAGAGUUUGAGCAGGUUUCAUGUUGUCCACUGUGACCACUUUGUGUGUGUGUGUGUGUGUGUGUGUGUGUGUGUGUGUGUGUGUGUGUGUGUGUGUGUGUGUGUGUGUGUGUACCUAUCAAACAGACAGACCUACACCACUGACACAGAGUGCAAAGGAGAGGGACAGAGGCAGCCAAUGUAGCAUGGUCAGUAUGUUUUUAGAUAGUCACAUAUGUUUUUAAAAAAAACAGCCAACCCUUGAGACUGCGGUGGAAAAAGACUAAUAAUAGUCUGAGGGAAAAUCUUCAUCACAAGAAAGGCUGAGGUGGAAAUACAGCUUAACAUACAGUAGCUCUAGUAACUGCUCCACUUUCUGUUCAUGAAAAAAAUCUCAUUUUAUGAGAUGUGUCGACAGUUGUUGGAGAGCUAAUGUAUUUUCUUGACACAGACUGUCUGUGAAUGACAGCGUUCCCAGUACAGGCAAAUAUUGAGCUUCAGAACUCCCCACAUCAGCGAGAUAACAGCACUGAAGCCACGGGUUAUUUAAACGAUUGCUGCACUCACAAGGAAGAUGACCUUGUUUGUCUUCAGUGACAAGGGAAUUGUAAGCUUUAAUUUUGCUGUUUCGAAUGUGAGCAUUGGUGCGAACAAUUGUGGUACCCUUAUUCAAUUAAUGAUGUUUUCUUCCACUGCGCUGCAUUGUAGCUGGAUGUGUCAGGGAAUCAGGCAUUAUUAUUUUUAUUUCUUGUAAUUUAUGUACGUUUACUAAGCAAGUUAAGGUCAGUUUUUUUUGGGGGGGGGGGUCAAAACUCAGAAGUAGUACUACUGGUGAAAGUGUUUAUUUCUCUGUGAAGCACAUUUCUGUCCUUCAAAGUGUUUUUUUUUUUGUUCUUCUUUUACAUUUUUGUCUAACAAACUUGGGCUUCAGUGUUUUGAUCAGGUACAGAUUAAAGUCACUUAUCCUGAUGAGUAGAAGGUGUUAUAAAUAUUAAUGGCACCUUUUGUAAUCCUGUGCCUGCCUUGUGAAUUGUGUAGUAGGCCUUAAUAUUCCAGUAUUUUAGCUUUGCCUGUUCUGAGGGGCUCCUGUGUUUUACCAAUGUGUGACAUGCUUUUUGCUGUCAGUCCAGUUAUUAAAGGUCUUAGCUGAAAGUGAAUAGCCUGACCUCAUGGAUUGUGCGCUCCCAUAUUAAUUCUUACAGUAUUUAGUGCCACAGGUACUGUUGACUUUACUGGCUUUACUGCUGUUUGCCUGAAGGGUUUGCUUCUCUAGUUUAAAACAGUAAUAUAGCUUCAAUUCUUCAGAAUGAAUUUAACAUCUUAAAUGUAUUGUUAUUCUUUUGAUCUUGGAAUAGUGUUUCAUACUGCAUCUUCUAAAGCAACAAAUCGGAUGAAAUAUUUCUUCUUUUAUAGAUGCACAAGUUCUCAUUAUAGCUCCAUGCUCGCCUAACAGUUGCUGUUACAUUGGUGGUCUCGUGUCGUCCGUCAGCCUGAGAUCACAUUGUUUACCUUCCAAGUCAAAUUGAGUCAUAUUUCAGUCAGCGUGCAGGCUAAUGAUGAGCAUUACAAGCGCUUCACUUUCAGAGUGCACCGAAUCUAAUCAGGUACUGUCGUAUUAUAUGUAUUAUAUGCUUCUUUGGAAAUGUAGGCUGAUAACAGCUUGUGCACAUGGUUGUGUGUUUGAGUACUAGAUUUUUUUUUUCUAACUGUGAAGUGAGUAGGGCUUUUAAGAUCCGGCUGGUAGUCUACAUUAAUUCAAAGCAGAAAUGAGGGCUGUUUGCUUAUCAUUAGCGUUAAUGUUUCCUUAAUGAGACAAAUGUCGUCUUCUUACAAUACAGUUUGUUUUGAUCCUGUUUCAACAGUGUAGCUUACCACAGUGUAUACCUGAAAUCUGACAUGCCUGAGAAUCCAAUAUUUAUGACCUACAGUAUGUUGCUCUCAUGAUACCAUCUGCUGUAUCACUGCAGGCCUGUCUAAUGUAUUUUUUACUGUUGCUGUAAUAUUAUUGAAUGUAAAAGCGGAGUUAUUUUUUGUGGGCUUGUCCAUAUUAACAGCUUAUGUAAAAUGUAUUCAUUUUAUAGUAAUGUACAAAAUGUCGCCUAACAUCCGUUCCCCUCAGUGCUCAGCCGGGGAGUACGAGUUAAACUGUGUGAAAGUUAAGUCUGUUCAUCUUGAUUAUGUGGUACUAUAAUGGAAAACUUACCUUACUCCUCUUAUUGCUCUGCUGAGGACAAGGCUGUCGUGAAUGCGCUACAGUGCUUGGCUACAAAUAAAUCAUACAACCUA